AUAGAAAGAUCAGGGUCACCAGUGCCCAGCUGUCUUUCUAUGAAGAGUGAUUGUUCAAUGGAACGUCCAUUCGCAUUCAGAGGACAGUUCACAGGCGAACAAAAAGUCCAGGUAGAAAGAUCAGGGUCACCAGUACCAAGCUCUCUGUCUAUGAAGAGUGAUUGUUCAAUGGAACGUCCAUUCACAUUCAGAGGAGAGUUCACAGGUGACCAAAGGAUCCAGCAGUCACUGAAGUCCAGCUCUUUCGAAGAGAAGAGUUCAGAUAAAUUAUCUACCGCAAAAAAGCCACCCCUCCAGGAGUGGGAUUCCCCCAGAAGACUGCAGUCUCUUCUGCGCACUCUGAUGAAGUUAAAGAAGGAUAACAAGUUAAAACGGUUUAAGAGCCACCUGAGACGGGACUUUCCAGAAUGCUUUAAGAGUUUGCCUGAAGAUUCGUCUGUGCUGGAUAAGUUUAUGACACGUAUGAAGAAAUGGUUCCAGAGUCAUCAAAUUGAUGAUUACCCAGAAUGCACUGAGAGAGAGCAGGAGGAUCCUGAGCCCCUGUACAUAGUUGAGAAGAUGCUGGAGACCUGUGGCAGUGAGAGGUCUCUGAAGAUCACACUCCACAUCCUGAGGAACAUGAAGCAGAAAGAUCUUGCCGGCUCACUGGAGAGAGAUGAACAGCACAAUGAAUCCAUAAAAAGAGCCCAGCAGGAACUGAAAACUCAUCUGAAGAAGCAGUUUGAAUGCAUACUUGAAGGUUUAGCAAAGCAGGGCAACCGAACCCUUUUGAAUGAUAUCUAUACAGAGCUCUACAUCACAGAGGGGGGAAGUGGCGGGGUUAAUAAUGAACACGAGGUCAGACAGAUUGAGACAGCAUCCAAGAGACAAACCACACAGGAGACUGCAAUCCUCUGCAAUGAGAUCUUUAAGCCUUUACCUGGACAAGAGAAACCCAGAACUGUGCUUACAAAGGGCAUCGCUGGCAUUGGGAAAACCGUCUCUGUGCAGAAGUUCAUUCUGGACUGGGCAGAAGGAAAAGCCAAUCAGGACGUUGAUUUCAUCUUCACUCUUCCUUUCCGAGAUCUGAAUUUGAAGAAGGAAAAAGCAUUCAGUCUAAUGCAUCUUCUGCAGCACUACUUUCCACAAGUGAAAGAGAUCAAAAGUGUUGAAGGUGAUGAAGUCAAAGUGGUGUUUAUCUUUGAUGGUCUGGAUGAGUGUCGACUUCCUCUAGAUUUCCAAAGCAAAGAGAUCUGCCAUGAUGUAACAGAGUCAUCAUCAGUGGAUGUGCUGCUGACCAACCUCAUUAAGGGGAAUCUGCUUCCUUCUGCUCUCCUCUGGAUCACUUCCCGACCAGCAGCAGCCAAUCAGAUUCCUCCUGAGUGUGUCCACCAGGUGACAGAGGUACGAGGGUUCAAUGACCCACAGAAGGAGGAGUACUUCAGGAAGCGAAUCAGUGAUCAGAACCAGACCAACAGAAUUAUCUCACACAUAAAGUCAUCCAGGAGUCUCUACAUCAUGUGUCACAUACCAGUCUUCUGCUGGAUUUCUGCUACUGUUCUGGAGACAAUGUUGGGUAAAGCAGAGAGUGGAGAUCUGCCCAAAACGCUGACUGAAAUGUACACACACUUCCUGCUCAUUCAGACUAAUGUGAAGAAUCAGAAGUAUCAUGGCACUGAUGAGACAGACCCAAAGAAGAUGUCAGCAUCAGAUACAGAAAUCAUCCUGAAACUGGGGAAGCUGGCUUUUCGACAGCUGGAAAAGGGCAAUCUGAUAUUCUAUGAAGAGGACCUGAGAGAGAGUGGCAUUGAUGUCAGUGAAGCUUCAGUGUACUCUGGGGUGUGCACAGAGAUCUUUAAAGAGGAGUGUGGGUUGUAUCAGGAGAAGGUCUACUGCUUUGUGCAUCUGAGCAUUCAGGAGUAUCUGGCUGCCUUGUUUGUGUUUCAUUCAUGUGUAAAUGAGAACAGAAAUGUACUCAGAGCAGAAGAAUCAAAACCUCACAGUGACAGAGUGCAGCUGUCUGAGUUACACAGGAGUGCAGUGGAUCAGGCCUUAGAGAGUAAGAAUGGACACCUGGACCUUUUCCUCCGAUUCCUUCUUGGCCUCUCACUGGACUCCAUUCAGACUCUCUCAGGAGGAAUAUUGACAGAGACAGAAAGCAGAUCAGAGAGCAUUGAGCAAACAGUCCAGUACAUUAAGGACAGGAUCAGAGAAGAGUCUUCAGCAGAGAGGAUCAUCAAUCUGUUCCACUGUCUCAGUGAACUGAAUGACAACUCUCUAGUGGAGGAAAUCCAGAAUUCCCUGAGAUCAGGAAAACUUUCUGAUAAAAAGCUGGAACCAGACCAGUGUUCAGCUCUGGCCUUUGUGUUACUGAUGUCAGAGGAGAUCCUGGAUGAGUUUGACUUGAAGACCUACAACACAUCAGCAGCAGGUCAUCAGAGACUGGUACCUGUAGUCAGGAACUGCAGGAAGGCCAUACUGAACAGCUGUGACCUCACAGAGAAGUCAUGUGAUAUUGUGGCCUCAGCUCUCCAGUCAUCAAACUCACCCCUGAGAGAUCUGGACCUCAGCUACAAUAACCUGCGAGAUUCAGGAGUGAAGCUGCUCUGUGCUGGACUGAUGAGUCCAAACUGUAAACUGCAGAGACUGGGACUGAACAGCUGUGAACUCACAAAGAAGUGCUGUAAUAUUGUGGCCUCAGCUCUCCAGUCAUCAAACUCACCCCUGAGAGAUCUGGACCUCAGCUACAAUAACCUGGGAGAUUUAGGAGUGGAGCUGCUCUGUUCUAGAUUGAGGAGUCCAAACUGUAAACUACAGAGACUGGGACUGAACAACUGUAAACUCACACAGAAGUGCUGUAAUAUUGUGGCCUCAGCUCUCCAGUCAUUAAAUUCACCCCUGAGAGAUCUGGACCUCAGCUACAAUAACCUGGGAGAUUCAGGAGUGGAGCUGCUCUGUGCUGGACUGAUGAGUCCAAACUGUAAACUGCAGAGACUGAGACUGAACAACUGUAAACUCACACAGAAGUGCUGUAAUAUUGUGGCCUCAGCUCUCCAGUCAUCAAACUCACCCCUGAGAGAUCUGGACCUCAGCUACAAUAACCUGGGAGAUUCAGGAGUGGAGCUGCUCUGUGAUGGACUGAUGAGUCCAACCUGUAAACUACAGAGACUGGGACUGAAGAACUGUGGCCUCACAGUGAAGUCCUGUGAUAUUGUGGCCUCAGCUCUCCAGUCAUCAAACUCAACCCUGAGAGAUCUGGACCUCAGCUACAAUGACCUGGGAGAUUCAGGAGUGGAGCUGGUCUGUGUUGGACUGAGGAGUCCAAACUGUAAACUACAGAGACUGGAGCUGGGUUGGUGUAAUCUCACAGAGGGCUGCUGUGAUGUUGUGGCCUCAGUCCUGCGUUCUCCUCACUCAGAGCUGAGAGAUCUGGAGCUCAGAGACAACGAGCUGCAGGAUUCAGGAGUGAGAGCGCUCUCUGCUGGACUGGAGGAACCACACUGUAAACUGCAGAGAAUGAGGCUGUCAGGCUGUAGAGUCACACAGAGAGGCUGUGAUUCUCUGGCGUCAGCUCUGUGUUCAAACCCCUCACACCUGAGAGAGCUGGACCUGAGAUACAAUCACCCAGGAGACUCAGGAGUAAGAGCGCUGUCUGCUGCUAAACUGGACACACUCACACUGCUUGUGGACCAUGGAGGAGAGAACAGGACCAAACCAGGACCCAGGAAAUACGGCUGUCAGCUUACACUGGAUCCAAACACAGCGCACAGAGAGCUGUCUCUGUCUAAGAGGAACAGGAGGGUGACACACACACUGGGGAGAGAGGAGCCAUAUCCUGAUCAUCCAGAGAGAUUUGAGUCUCUGCCCCAGGUUGUGUGCAGAGAGAGUGUGUGUGAGCGCUGUUACUGGGAAGCUGAGUUCAGUGUGUCUGAGGCGGGGGGGGGUGGUUGUAUAGCAGUGACAUAUAAAGGAAUCAGCAGGAAAGGAGAGGCUUCUGACUGUGUGUUUGGAUGGAAUAAAAACUCCUGGAGUCUGGAGUGCCUUAAACCCAGUGACUCUGAUAAACUCAGAUGCUCUGUCAGGCACAAUAAGAACCAAACACGCAUACCUGCCCCCCCCUCCCCCUACCGCAGAGCAAGAGUGUGUGAUGAUGAUGAUGAUGCUGGUAGAGGAGUGUGUGUGUACAGGGUAGGAGUGUGUGUGGACCGUCCGGCCGGCACUCUGUCCUUCUACAGCGUCUCUGACUCUGACACACUGACCCUCCUGCACAGAUUCCACACACACUUCACUCAACACACACCCCUCUGUGCUGGAUUUUAUGUGUGGGAGUCCUCAGUGUCCCUCUGCUAACUGGAGUAGAGACACACACACACACACACACACUCAUAUACACAUUCACACACACACGCACGCACACACAAACAUGCACACAUACGCACAUGCACGCACACACAAACAUGCACGUGCACACACGCAUACACACACACACACAUGCGCAUACACACUCGCAUGCAUGCACGCACGCACACACACACUCACACAUACACACUCAGAUACACAUAGACACUCACACCUACACACACACAUCCACACACACACACAUACUCUCACACACACCCUUUCUCUCUCAGUCAUGCACACACACUUAAACACCCGCGGACGCACACACUCGUGCACACACACUCACACACUUACACACACAUACACGCUUUCUCACACCCAAUCACUCACAUGCAUGCAUACGUACACACGCUUAUAACCGUAUGCACACACUCUCUCUCUCUCUCAUACUCAGUCACUCACACACACACACCCCCACUCUCUCACACAUACACACACGCUCACAACCACACACAUUCACACAAAUGCACGCACACACACACAAACUCAUGCACUCAUGCACACACACAUACAUGCGUGCAGAGACACAAACACGUGUCAACACACACACUCCUCACUGUCCCUCUGCUAACUGGAGUACAGACACACACAUGCGCGCACACACAAACAUGCACACACACACGCAUACACACACACAUGUGCGCAUAUACACUCGAACGCAUGCACACACACACACACAUAUAUAUACAUACACACACACACUCAAUCACACACUCACACACAUAUAUAAACACAAACACUCAUAUACACCUAGACCCUCACACACCCACACCUACACACACACACACACACACACACACAUACACACACACACACACACGUAUACACACACACUCAUACACACACACACAC